AUGAGCCUUGGAGCUGUAGCACAUUCCCUUCCCUUCCUGGCCACCCCCCGACCUGUGCCAUGGCAGGACAACUCCUCCCGGGUGACUGAAUUCAUCCUCCUGGGGCUCUCCGACACCCGGCAACUGCAACUCCUCUUCUUCAUGUUCUUCCUCCUGGCCUACACCAUGGUCCUGCUGGGCAACCUCCUCAUCAUCAUGACAGUCAGGACUGACCCCAAGCUCUCCUCACCCAUGUACUUCCUCCUCUGCAAUCUGUCUUUCAUCGAUAUCUGCUGCACUUCUGUCACUACCCCCAGGGUGUUGGUGGCCCUGCUCUCAGGGCACAAGGCCAUUGCCUUUGAGGGCUGCAUGGCCCAGCUGUUUUUCCUGCACUUUGUGGGCUCCUCAGAGAUGUUCCUCCUGACGGUGAUGGCCUUUGACCGCUACACGGCCAUCUGCAGGCCCCUGCACUACACGGCCAUCAUGGCCCGCAGAGCCUGCUGGGCGCUGGUCGCGGCCUGCUGGGCCGGGGGCUUUAUCCACUCCAUUGUCCAGACUGUGCUCAUGCUCCAGCUGCCCUUCUGCGGCCCCAACACCAUCCACAGCUACUUCUGUGACGUGCCGCCCGUCAUCCGCCUGGCCUGCACCAACACCGCCCUCAUCGAGUGGCUCAUGGCCUCCAACAGCGGCCUCAUCUCCCUGGGCUGCUUCCUGGUGCUGGUGGCCUCCUAUGCCCUCAUCCUCGCCAAGGUCCGGGCCCGCGUCUCCCAGGGGAACUGGAAGGCUCUGUCCACAUGUGCCUCACACGUGAUGGCCAUCACCCUGUUCUUCGUGCCCUGCAUCCUCACUUACCUGCGGCCCGCUGGGACCUUGCCCCCCAGCAAAUACGUCUCUGUCAUCUACACCAUCUUGUCACCCAUGAUGAACCCCCUCAUCUACACCCUGAGGAGCAGCGAGGUGAAGGAAUCCAUGUGGAGACUCUGGAGGCUUCUGGGUUAUUCCGAGCAAAUAUUCACCCAUGGCUUAUGGAAGGUGUCACUGGAAACUGUGUCAGGCUCCUCUACAUUUUGCAAAGAAUUCUUUCAAGAAUUUCAUACUUGA